AAUGCUGAUAAAAUUUCAUUUUGGGUUGAUCUAUCCCUUUUAGUGUACAUAAGGAAGUCAUGUAACACACAAGAGCACAAAACUUUCACUUUCAGGAUAGUAUCCAUGCUGAUUCCAGCCACAAGCAAGGCCAGAGUGCGGCGUUCCGGGAUCAGCCCCCUGCAUUUAGCAGCAGAGCGUAACCGAGAUGAUGUUCUUCAGUUGCUGAUUGAGGCCGGCUUUGACGUCAAUGCCACGUUCUCUGAGGAUCGCACUAAAAUGUAUGAAGAUCGACGCAGCACUGCUCUCUAUUUCGCUGUCAUAAACAACAACACAGAGGCGACCACCAUGCUCCUGGAGGCUGGUGCGAAUCCAAACCUGGACACGUUCAACCCGCUCCUGGUAGCCCUGAGGCAGGGUUGCAUAAAAACCGUGACUUUGCUGGUGGAACAUGGUGCUAAUGUCAAUGCCUACAUCCCAACUCAUCCAACCACUUUUCCAGCCACUGUUAUGUUCUGCAUGAAGUACAUGACCUUAUUGAAGUAUCUGAUGGACAAUGGCUGCAAUGCCUUGUCAUGCUUCAAUUGUGUUUAUGGCAACAAUCCUCAUCCACCUAUAAAGACAACACAUAAUCAGAGGCGUAACAGAGAUGAAAGUACCGAAAAGACCUGCAUUCAGUUCUGUGAGAUGAUCUCCACUGACAACUACUCGCACUGGGCAGGACCCAUUAUAGACGUACUUCUUGACUAUGUUGGUAAUGUAAAACUCUGUGCAAGACUCACUGAACAUCUGGACAGUUACCCUGACUGGGAUUGCAUCAAAGAGAAAGCAAUACCUCCACGCCCACUGAUGCAGCUCUGCAGAUUUAACAUCCGCAAACUGCUUGGGAUCAACAGACUAAAGGAAAUAAACAAGCUGCCAGUACCUCCAAGGCUGAUCAAAUUCCUAAACCAUCAAGAACGAGAACAAGAUUUUGUACUCAUAUGCGCUAAUACAGUACAUCGUCCAGAAGGCAGUUGACGUGAUAGGCAGUUUUGAUUACCCACUGGAGGGUACUACAGAUGGCGUACAGCUUCAAACCAUAUGGUUGGUGAUGCAGUAGGACAAGCAUCAUGCAUCUGCAAAAGUUCUUAAGCAUCCAGACUGGUCUGUUCUGGUGGCAGUCAGAUAAGCCUUGUCACGCUUCCAGAUGGUCAGACUGCUUAUGGAGAGCAGAGCUGAUGACAUUGCAGAUUCCCAGUAUGUCUACUUCUUUCUCAACCAAUGCCAUGCUCUGCUUGAAGUGCCUUCCCUUGAUGAAGUAUAAUAUCUGUAUUGCCAAUUCCAGUUUUUUUUUUGUAUGAAAGCAAAGUGCUCCUCCACUGAUGUCCUCUUUCAAGGAUGAUCAUGGUUGGCAUAAAGAACAAUCAUCCACUAAGAUAUACAGUAGGCAAUGAAAAUGUUUAACUCCAAUGUUAUUUUUAAAUAAUAAAUUGUAUAAUUGGUACGUGUGUAGUGGGAUGCCUUUUGAUUCCAAAAACGUGUCCUUUACAAUACCACUCAACAUUCUGUACACUCAAGCUUUGGUUUUAUACAUUCUUAAAAUACAUCGUUUAUUUAGAAUAUAAUGUAUGUUUCUAAAAAAUACAUAUUAAAUACAGAUUUAAACAAACUGUGUGCAUUAUCACUAUGAUGCAUUACAGGAGCAUCACUAUACCUAUUAUUCUAUGUGGAUCACUUCUGCUGAGGCAGUUCUGCAAGGUAAAGGUCUGUCAUCAUGAAAUGUUUAAUAAACCUCAUCAUGAAAGACAACUACUCAAAAGAAACAUGA